UCCCGCCAGCUCGUUGCUCCGGGAGGCGUUGCCGAGCAGCCGGCUUACUGGCCGGCGGUAGGAGGAGGAGGACCAUGGGCUCGCGGGUGACGCGCGCGCUGCGGAACUUUAACCUGGAGAACCGGGCGCACGCGGAGAUCAGCAGGCGGAAGCCCGGCAGCGCCCCGCGCCACCCGGGCACCGGGGCCCUGCUGGAGCAGCAGCUGCGCGAUCAUCCUCAAGUAAGUGAAGUUCAUAACAAGAAUGAAGAACUGCUGUCUUUUCUGAAAGAUGUUUAUGUUGAUUCAAAAGAUUUUCAAUCAAAGAACCUUCCAAUUGAUGAGACAUCUAAGCAACUGCAGGAGCACAGACUUCCCAAAGCCACUUUGAGUCAUGACCCUUUCGGCAUUACACAAAUUCCAAAAGGCAAGCUGAGUAUAGUGGAAGCUCUUACAGUUCUGAACAAUCACAAGCUCCAUCCCGAAAUAUGGACUGCUGAUAAAAUAGCUGAAGAAUACAGUCUAGAACUUAAAGAUGUUAAAGGACUGCUGGAAUUUUUCAAACCCUUUGAAAUAAAAAUUCUACCUCCAAAGCAAGAGAAAAAACUGAUAUCUGCAAGAUAAUAUGCACCAUUUCAGUCAAUAUAUAAGAUGAGCAUCAAAUGUUCAAUUUCUUUAUUUAAGAUUUACAACAUGUUCAAGUAAUGGGAAUGUUAUGGAUAUUAUGUCUAAAGCUUUAGACCUAUGCUGUGAGUGAAUUGGUGCAGAACUGCUAACCUGUGUAUUAGUCAUGAACUAUACCACAACAUAUCAUCACUGCAGUUUAGUGUUUCACACUGUAGUGGAUGUAUCACAACAAUCUGUCUCUUUAACAUUAUGUUUUCGUAACCUUGUGAAAGUGCAACCACUCAGGGCUGUUUGAUCUGGAUCAUUGUACUUUGCAGUUUCUGGUACAUAUUAGAAAUUAUUACCUUCAUUGCAUUUUCUAUUCUGACCACUACAGUUUUUGGUUCCAAUGAAGGUCUCUUUGUAACGUGUUCCAAUUUGGUGUUCACUGAAUCUUUGGUCAAAAAAACUGGAUAUAUCAAAAUAUGGCAUUGAGAGAAAGUUUGUCCUGUUUUUGACACUGUUAAUGUGUAGGAGAAAAGUGUGGUGCAAGUAUAACAUGUUUAUUUCCGAUACAUUCCUGGAAAUGUAUUUAAAACCUGGGAAUGCACUGAUAUGUUUUCAUGUUUUGCCUGUAAUAUUGGAAAUCCAAAAGGAUAAUAGCAAAUCUUAAAAGUUAA